UGACCUCAGGAAUGUUAACAAUGCAGCGAGUGUCCAACUUUGUGCUGCAUUUCUGAUCCUGCCUGGAGUCCGGGCAGAAAAUGGAGGCUCGUUUCAUCAUCUAUACCCCGCUGCUUUGUCUUCGCCGAGCUCCCCCGCUCUGUCUGCGCGCUUAGCGGCCGAGACGCCGCCUUCAAGUCGCGUUUUGACGGCAUUUGCACCCCAGUCCCGACUUUUUUCCCCCGUCCCGUCUAUCACAUGGCGCAGAUUGGCAUCGCGGUUUGGCUCCACGUUACCCACACCAGUGGCUGCAUUUCCUGGAAUAAGCUGCAACCGGAGCCUUGAGGCUCACGCCAUGGAGUGCUUGUAGUAUCCAGGAUCCCCUCCGCCUGCCCCAACCAGGAGUUAGACACACACGGAUUGAAGCGAGCGAGGGACACAGGGGGUGGGCUUCUAAAUCUGGGCUCCUGGAGGCUCUCUAUCUAUUUAGGUCAUCCGGGUGGAGAGGGUCCAGUUUGAACGAGUGCCAGCUAGUCUUCCCCUUUUUAGAGUAGGCGCCGGCCCGGGGCAGCGAGGCCAUGAGGCCCAAGACGUUCCCAGCCGCCCCGUACGUGGGCAACACGCGACAGAGGCUUCAGGAGAUCAAGGAGGGCCUGAAGCAGCCGGCCAAGCUGGUGAGCCAGGCGCUGCACGGCGGCAGCUCCAGGUCCGAGGGCAGCAGGGCGGCCGACUCCAAGAGCGGGAAGGACACGGCCAACCGGCAGCAGCAGCUCCGGCCGCCGCAGAAGUUCAACAACUACCAGAAUGCCCUGCGGGAGAUCCGCAGGUCCCUCAUGCCCUUCGCCAACGAGUCGGGGGAGGCCGGGGAGGUGAACCGGCAGAUGCUGCAGGAGCUCGUCAACGCCGGCUGCGACCAGGAAAUGGCGGUGCGGGCGCUGAAGCAAACUGGGAGCAGGAACAUCGAAGCCGCCUUGGAGUUCAUCAGUAAGAUGGGUUACCUCGACCCUCGCAAUGAGCUCAUUGUCCGUGUCAUUAAGCAGACUUCUCCCGGAAAAGCCGGCAUGCAGAACACCAUGGACCACCGUCCCGCGUUAGAGGUCCCCAGCGAGGCAGGCGCCAUGCCUCCGUAUCACCAGAUGUAUGACGGGGCGGCAGGAUACGGCCCCGAGAGCGACAUGCCCAGAGGCUACAUGGCCGCCCCUCCCGUCAUGAACUACAUGCUGCCCCCGUCGAGCGCCGCUCAGGUCCCCGCCAUGGGCAACCCGAUGGGUCGGCCCCCGAGCAUCGGCAGCUACCCGCCCGUGAUGCCCACCCAAAGCAACCCCGGCGGCGUCAUGUACCCGCCAGGAGCGCCGCAGAAGGGCUACCCCGGCAGCAUGGAGCAACACGGGCCCAUGAUGAGCUACAACGUCCCCGGGCAGCCGCUGCAGCUCCAGCCGCAGCCACCAGGGGGGCCGGUCCCGGGUCCGCACUACGACUACGGUCACGGCAGGCAGCACAUGAUGGAACCAGCGGGCUACGGCGUCAAGAGGACCCCGUCUUUCCAGAACAAGAUGCAGCCGCCCCCCAUGGGUCCCCCUGACGGCUACGUCAACAUGCAGGGAAAAGGGCCCCUGGCUCAGAACGGCACCGGAGGAGGAGGAGGUUACCCGGCCAACCUCUACCUGUCCGCUCACGCUCACCCCCGCCAGGCCAGCCCCACGUCCCACCAAGUCCACAUGAUGUCCCGCUCCCCAGGCGGCGUGCCGUCCAUGGGCCCCGAGUUCUCCGACCUGCCUCAGGGUCUGCUGACGCCCUCCAGAGCCAGCCUCAACCUGGACCUGUACGAGCACCACUGGGCCGGCCCUCCCGGUGCCGAGGGGACGCCAGCAGCCAGGCAGCCCCAGCCCCAGGGUCCAUUCAGAGGGGAGGUACGCGUGCCCAGCAGAACGAAUUCCUUCAACAGUCGCUCCGCCGCUCCCAGCGGCGUCAGACCGCCGAUGGCUGCGCCUCCUACUGCUGGGAAGCAGGAGUCCCCGCUGGGCCCGCCCAACACCAUCACCGCCGUAACGUCCCCGCCCAUCCAGCAGCCGGUCAAAAGCAUCCGCGUGAUGAGACCAGAGCCCAAAACCGCAGUGGGUCCGUGCCAUCCGGGCUGGAUGACGGCUCAGGCGCAGGAUGCGGUGGAAGGCCUCCCCUACAUGCCGGAGGAGACUUACCCGCUGGAGGCCGCUCAGGAGCCCCGCUGCCCUCCUCCACCUUACCCAAAGAGUCUGCUCAUGCCCGGGGCGGCGGGCGACCCGGGGGUCCUGGAAGGAGCCGGGGCGAGCGCGGCUGAUGUCAGCAACCCCGCCGCCAGAGGAGCGCGCGGCGGCAGCGGAGGGAGCGGGAAGGCUGAGGACCGGCAGGAGGUUAAAGAGAAGCCCAAGAUGGGCAAGGGGGAGAAAGCGGUGAAGGACAAGAAGCAGAUCCAGACGUCCCCCGUGCCGGUCAGGAAGAACGGGCGAGAUGAGGAAAAAAGAGAGUCCCGCAUCAAAACCUACUCGCCUUUCGCCUUCAAGUUUUACAUGGAGCAGCACAUCGAGAACGUGAUGAAGACCUACCAGCAGAAACUCAACCGGAGGCUGCAGCUGGAGCAGGAGAUGUCCAAGGCCGGCCUGUCAGAAGCAGAGCAGGAGCAGAUGAGGAAGAUGCUGAACCAAAAGGAGUCUAACUACAACCGGCUACGUCGCGCCAAAAUGGACAAGUCCAUGUUCGUAAAAAUCAAGACGCUCGGCAUCGGCGCCUUCGGUGAGGUGUGCCUCACGCGCAAGGUGGACACCGGGGCGCUUUAUGCCAUGAAAACACUGCGCAAGAAAGAUGUGCUCAACCGCAACCAGGUGGCCCACGUGAAAGCGGAGCGGGACAUCCUGGCGGAGGCGGACAACGAGUGGGUGGUGCGUCUCUACUACUCCUUCCAGGACCGCGACAGCCUCUACUUCGUCAUGGACUACAUCCCCGGAGGAGACAUGAUGAGCCUCCUCAUCCGAAUGGGGGUCUUCCCUGAGCAUCUGGCUCGCUUCUACAUCGCCGAGCUGACCCUGGCCAUCGAGAGCGUCCACAAGAUGGGCUUCAUCCACCGCGACAUCAAGCCCGACAACAUCCUCAUCGACCUGGACGGUCACAUCAAGCUGACUGACUUCGGCCUGUGCACCGGCUUCCGCUGGACGCACAACUCCAAAUACUACCAGAAAGGGAGUCACAUCAGACAGGACAGCAUGGAGCCGAGCGACUUCUGGGACGACGUGUCAAACUGUCGCUGUGGCGACCGGCUGAUGACUCUGGAGCAGCGCGCCAACCGGCAGCACCAGCGCUGCCUGGCUCACUCGCUGGUCGGAACGCCCAAUUACAUCGCGCCCGAGGUUCUGCUGCGUAAAGGCUACACUCAGCUGUGUGACUGGUGGAGCGUGGGAGUGAUUCUCUUUGAGAUGUUGGUGGGACAGCCGCCCUUCCUCGCCCCGACGCCCACCGAGACGCAGAUUAAGGUCAUUAACUGGGAAAGCACACUACAGGUGCCGCCGCAGGUCAAACUGAGCCCAGAGGCUGUGGACAUCAUCGGCCGUCUCUGCUGCUCCUCUGAGGAGCGUCUGGGCGCCAACGGCGCCGGCGAGAUCAAGGCCCACCCCUUCUUCUCCGAGGUGGACUUCUCCAGCAGCCUGCGGCAGCAGCCGGCGCCCUACCGGCCCAAGAUCGCUCAUCCCAUGGACACGUCUAACUUUGACCCCGUGGAGGAGGAGGGGGGCCCGGGGGCGUGGAGCGACAGCGGCGACAGCACCCGGGCCCUGGACGCGCUCUGCUCGCCGCACGGCAAGCACCCGGAGCACGCCUUCUACGAGUUCACAUUCCGCAGGUUCUUCGACGACAACGGCUGCCCCUUCCGCUACCCUAAGCCCCUCGAGGCCAACAUGUGUCUGAGCGUCCCUGGAGCCGCCAGCAUGGGCCCAGAGGAGGGGGAGGAUGCAAACGAGGAGGAAGAGGAGGGCGAGGCAGGGGAGGGCUGUGAGCCGGUGUUCGUAUAGAGCUGCUUUACCUGCCGCCGCUCUCUAAGGUCUGUGCCGGCGCGCAGAGGCCGACGUGUGUAAAGCAGCCGCAGGACGGACGACACAUCGCCCCCCUGUGGGCCGACUGCAAACCUCCUCUGAUCCGGGACCAACAAACGCCGACACAGAGAACGAAGAGGCGGCAGACUCACAAGUCGUUCAUGACGGGAAUUAUUCUCGGAGGACUGGAUCUCAACGCCUCUGGUUCUUUCUUGGCCCCAUUCCUUCCACCUUCGGUCUUACGGUCGAUCACAAACGCCUGAAACACAGGAGCCGCUUCUUGUUCUGCCUGAGCUGCUUUACACUCGCGUUAGGGACUCAGCGAUGUGGAGAGUGGAACCAGUUUACGUACCGAGCGGGCCUCCAUCACAGCUUCUGCCAAAUAAGCUAAAAAGACAUUCAUUCACACGCACACCCACGCUUACUCAGUAUAACUCAUGUUUGUGAAAAGCAGACGUGUUUUUGGGUUCCACCUUAAACCUUUUCACAUGGUGCCACGUUAACAACCACGCACCAACACAAAUUAGCAGCUGAUUGUGAAGUGGAAGGAAAUUGAAACGUGGCUUUUAUCUUUUUUCAGGCCGGAUGAGCCUUGCCACAGAUUCUGUCAUUGGUUUCAGGGCUGGACUUUGACUGGGCCGUUCCAACACACGUCCUGGGUACCAGGGACAGCGGGCCCUGAGGACCAGGAUGGAGAACCACUCAUCGUCACCGUUUCCAUUGUAGUUCUGACUGGAGUUGACAUCCCUGGCUUAGAUAAAAAAGGUGAAAUUAGUUUUCACCUAAAGGCUCAGCACACCUUUUUCCACAUGGUUGCUGGGUUCCCUACAUGGCUUGUAGCCAGCAGGCCUCUCUGCUUGAGCAAAGGCCAGAUCUUUGGACUCCAUAACUAAAACCACUGUAUUUUAUUUAAGGUAAUCAAAGUUGAGGGGGAAAAAUGAUUAGAUUUAGUAGUCAAAGAUAAAAAUCCUUCCACUUGACAAUGAUGCACUACUUUGUGCUGUGUGCCACCUAAUGUCUAUAAGUCUGUGGUUGUAACGUGAUGAAUUUGAAAGUUAAAGAGGUGUGAAUACUUUUGCAAAGCGCUGUAGGUGUCCGUGUUAGUAUUUUAGACACGUCGUCUCUGGCUACAGUCGGUGCAGAGAUUCCUGAGGCCGUGUCUUCCACAGAAGUCGUCAUUGUGAAAAUGUAUUCAAGGAAACAAAAGUAUUUUUGCGCCAUCUACCUGAUGUAGAGAAACCUGCCUCGUUUUGUGCCAAAUUAAAUUCAGGGAGUCUCCUCCUCCAGACGUUGCUGGGACACACAUUCUUGUCCUUUUUAUCUUGACUUUGUCUAGGUUAACCUCAGGUUGGUGCUGACUUUGGAUCAGGCCUAAACAAAAAAACAAAAAAAAAAAAGAUAGAUCUUGAUCUGGGCUGAAACACUUCAGUGUUUUGUUUUCGCCUUUUUUUUUUCUUUUUUUUUUUUUGGCCAAAUUUUGUCAAGACUAGUUAAGACAAGUUUUUCUCACAAUGUUUAACUUUUUCUUCCUUUUAUAAGGAAAAAAAAAGUAGGAAAACCUAUGAAACAACCAGAUUCAAUGAUGUUUAGACCUAAAUAUGUUAAUGGCUCAUAAGGAUUGAAACUCUAGUCUACGAACACAGUAGAGAUGCACCGAUCAGUUUCUUUAAAAACUUUAUUAUAGGACAUUUAAAAAACAAUAUUCUAGCCAUCCUGCCAUGAGGGAUCUUUAAUUAUUUAUACUGGGAGCAGAGGCAACGUCACACGGUGCGUUAGAGAGAGCAGUGAAUGAAAACCGUUUUAAAAACGCUUCAGAAGCUAAACUCAAGCAUGUUUAGCAUCUUGCAUCGGCGGUUUAGCACGGCUAUUCAAACCCAGCAUCUUCCCAGCCACCUGGGUCCACAGGACAAAACGGCAGCAUCGCUGUUAGAUGUUCAACCUUCACGGUAUCUGCUGAAGGCACGACUCUCCUGCAGCCUAAAUGACCUGCAGACGGGCCUCACUAUGUCAUAGAAAAUGAACUCCUUUUAAAUGGCUUCCUACGGCUCUGAAAAUGGCCCAUGUAUGAGACUUCUGUUGGCGCCUUUCACUCAUCCAUAAAAAAAAAGAUCAGAUUUUUGAUUUUCUACCUACCUGGACAGCUGUCAGGGCAACUGGAGCUGAAAAAGAUCAUCUGAUUCUCAACAGCCAAUGUUUUCUCGGUGCAUUUCUAAUUGCAUAUUCCUCGGUUUUAAAACUUUUUUUUUUUUUACUCAGGAGGAAAUUGUUCCAUCUUAGUUUGACAUCGAUGUCCUUCCUUGUGCUGAGAGGCGGCCUAACGGGGACCGAGGCCUGCUCGCACCUCGUCGUUAGGAGGACGAUGAGGAGCGACUUAGAAAUCAAAACGAAAACACGCAGAGAGAUGAACAGCUCUUCAGCUACGCGGCAAAGAUUAGCCCUGCCGUCGGGUCGCAUCCUAACCAGCCUCCUCUACGUCGCCAGAGGCAGUCACGGAAAAAACCGAAGCGACGUGUCCUUACAACAGCCAAACAUGUGACAGUGUGACUAUGUGCAAUACAAAAUGACAUGUAUUUAGUUUUCUAAACACAAAAUAUCAUUUUAAAAGUAAAAAAAAAAAACACAAUGUACAAACUCACAUAUAUAUUUCUCUUUUUAUCAGUUAGAACUCGCUGCUUAUCGUUGUGGUUAAUAUUAUUUACAUCGUGUAAUCGGUCCCGUUUUGUUGUGGUUUCAAAGCGUGUUUUAAGCUGCGUGCCUUUCUAACUGAACGUUGUAGCGCGUGUGGCCACUCGAUGACGAAGCAGGCGCAUACGGUGAUGAUGUCGGGUGUUUGGAGAACACGGGGCGGUCUAAGCCUCCGGCCUCCUGCAGCCGGGCUGGUCCUGACUGCAGGAGGCGAGGAGGGGUCGGCCGGACCCAGAGGAAGAUGGAGCAGAAAUGUUAGACGGUGUGGGUGAGUGAGGCAGGUCGGAUUCGGAGUUAUUUUUAGCCUUAGAUUGCUUUCUCUAAUAUAGAAGGCUUCAAAAGGUUUGAUACGUUUUCUAUUAUUUAUCCAGAAAAGGCCACGCGUCGGUGUCGUUCUAUCUCUGUAUCUUCAUCACAGAGCCGUGCCGUGUUUGUGUCGGGGGCGCUCCUCCUCACCAUCUCGUAUCGUUUUGCUGUUUGACAAUCACCAAAAUCAGUAAAUGCUCUUUGUUUUUGUUGUUUUUUUUUUUUGUUUUUUUAUGGGUUAAAACCAAACUGUUGACGCAAAGUUCUGGAUUUCUCUCACGGUUCUGAUCGGAGAGGCACAACUUUGAUGGUUUGUGGAAACCGUGGCCUUACGAUGUGUGACAGAAGAGUGUUUCGGUUUGUUUUGCGUGACAAUGCUUCGAUUUCAUUUUUGUUUUUUUGUUACAUAUAAUAUUACUGUUAUUUUUUAUUUUUGUACGUGUGCUUUGUUUCCAUCCUGUGCGACACAAUCUUAAGACUGCCCUACUUUUACCCUGUUUUCUGAAGACCUUUUUGUCCGCGGCCGUUCUUGCUGUGGGGAGUCUGGCGGAGCAUGCUCUGUUUCUCUGUGUUUACAUGCAACAAACAUUCCUCUCAUGCUAAUCCAUAACUAAGUGUUCAACCAGCAGAAAUCAGAGAAAAUGAAGAGAAACUUAGCAGAAUUCUAAAGGCUUGAGUUGUUAACUCUUCUGCCUUGUUUCAUUCUGAUUAAGACACCUGAGAUGUAUUUUUCUAAGCUUUUUGUUAAUUCUUCAGUGACAAGAUGGCUACACUUGAGAAAUACACAUUUGGCUUUUUUGGGUGGAGCCGUACUGCUCUUUAUGGCCACACCUGAUCUGGAUCUUUGUCACCAAGAUGCUGCAGCUCAGGGAGAGUGUUGGGACAACACGAUGAAGGAAAGGAGUAUUGAGAAAGAUCUGGGUUGCGGUGUCGUGAUUUCCUAGAAUCAUGGAGUCCCAUUGUGAAGAACAUGGACGGUCGUGGUGGGAAACUGAAGGAGUGCCACCCAUAGCUUACAUUGAAUUGAGGCUGUUCUAAAAUUACAGCCGGCAAGCCAGAAGUAACUGCUCUGGAUAGCAGAUGACAGCAGCUUGGUAGCUCGGCUAAUUCCCCAGCUUUAGAUACCAUGAACGUCCCAUAAAUUCAUUAUUUCUACUCAACGUUCUGCAAUGAGUCUCAUCCAUGCUUAGUUUCAACUCAAGCCUUGUUCCAACCCUCCAUGUUUCUUGUUUAAUUUGACUGAAUAUUGCUCGAUUUUACAUUUCAUUUACCAGCCCAGCAGAACGGUUGCUACACAAUAACGCUAAUCUGAAACAAUCAGUUCAUUGCUGUUGUCUUUAUGACUGUAUUCAACACUUUUUUUUUUAGAAAACAAAAACAAAAAGCUGGACAGAAUCCAGUUUCCUGCAUGUAAACACAGUCAGCAUUUCUCCAUUUAGCUGCAGGGCAAAGUGAUGUGUAACCCAAACCAAUCAGCAGCAUUAUUACUAGUAACCAAAGGCUGCUGCUGCUGCUCUGUCCACCCCCCCCCCCCACUCAGUUUGCUUUUCAGUCAUUCAGGACCAGUCCUGUGACGGCUACAUUUCCAGUCUACAUUAACCCGGACAGCCUUCCUCGUGGGCAAAAACGGCUUUAGAACGAGUGAAUGCUACAAAGUGUGUGAGGAGUUUCCUGGAUGUGUGCGUUCAUUUGAGGUUUGAGUUAUGGCUGACAAUCUUUGAUGGACUUUAUGCUCUCUGAUUUCCCUAUAAGGCUUUUUUUAUAUAUAUAUACCUUCAGUUUGUAUCGAUACUCUAAGGAGCUUCUGUUUUUCCCCCCUCCUUGGUGUUUGAUACAAUCUUGUUACUCUUAAGAUUUAUAUUUAUACAGAUAUACAUAUUUUUGUUAUCUUAUCCUCAUUUUUUUCAAGUUUUCGUGCUAAUGUUAAAAAACCAUGAAUACGCAGUAUUAUACGUGUAAUUUUGACUUUUUUUUUUUUUUUUUUUUUUUUUUUUUUACAUUUAUGUAUGAACUGAGAAAUUGUAAAAAUACUUUCAAUGUCGUGGUGUGUAAAAUGUAUGUAUAAAUUAAAUUAACCAACUUGGA